UGGGAAGCCGCAGCUUCCGGUCAUAGUCAAAAGGGUAGAAGGUGGAAGAAGUUCUGUUGAUCUUCUGUCGCUGAGGUACAUUGGGGAAUAGCAAGAAAGGAAGAGAACCAUGGGAAGAGAAGGACAAGGAAAUGAGAAACUGAGUUCACUAUGUGUUAUGGAUGCUCUUUUGUGCUAUAGCUAUCAUGUGAUGAUCUAAAUGAAUUGCUGGAGGAGGGGAGAUGCUAUCAACUGUGGAAAACGGGCUAGACCCUAAAGCACCUAUUCCGGUGAUUAAGAAGAAGCUGGUGGGGUCUGUGAAGGCAUUGCAGAAACAGUAUGCGGCCUCUGAUGCUGUGGUCACCAGCGAGGAUGGAGAAGCCAAUGUCAUGUGCAGUGCCCUGGAGGCCGUGUUCAUCCACGGCCUGCAAGCCAAGUACAUCAAGGCUGAUGCUGGAGGAAAGAGGAAGAAAAAAGGUGGCCAGACCCCUCUGCCACAGCCAGCUUUCUGGCCUCUCCUGAAAACCAUUACUCACAGAAACACAAUCACUGAUUUAGAGCAUUUGACCUUCAUCAAUACAGAUGUUGGUCGUUGCAGGGCCUGGCUGCGGCUGGCUCUGAAUGAUGGGCUGAUGGAAUGCUACCUUAAGUUGCUGCUACAGGAGAAGUCACAGCUUUGUAAGUACUAUCAGCCAACGGCCUUGCUACUAGACCCUGAGGAAAGUGAGAUCUUUCUCAGCUUAUUACAAGGAUUGACUUCCUUGUCCUUUGAACUCUCCUAUAAGUCUGCCAUCUUAAAUGAGUGGACCCUCACACCACUGGCACUGUCUGGCCUUUGCCCACUGUCAGAGCUGGAUUCUCCUCCUGGAGGUGCAGAAUUGCACCGAAAGAAGUCUCUGGAUUCCAUUUCUCAGUCUUCCGGUUCUGAAGAUAUUGAGGUCCAGCACUCAAGCAGUAAGAUUAGAUGUGGUAUGAAGCUUACUUCGUCCUCUCUCAGCCUCAACACGGCCAGCUCUUCUCAGUUAUCCUGCAGCCUGAAUUCAGACAGUUGCCUCCAUCAAGAGAAUGGUGCCAGGAGCCCUGCCCGCUCUGAGGAUCCCAUGUCCUGUGACUCAGACCUAGGGACUGCGAAUACCUUUGAUUCAGACAGGUCUUUGCAAGACACUACAGCACUUCUGCAUUUGGAUGGAUCUUCAGGACUACUUACUGCCCCAAGAUGCCCUUUGGAUAUCACCCACAAGCAAGUGCCAAUAUCCUUGAUUUCAAGUGCUCUGAGGUUGCCUCAGCCCUUUUUGAUUGACAUUGAUCAUGCAGGCAGGAGUUCAUCCCUGCAGCUUCAUAGUCCUAAGGAUGAGACACAUACAUCCUGUGUAUCCAAUGGCCAGGAGACAAGUGGGGAGCACGACAGCUCGGAGAUAGAUUAUUACCUUGCUUCAUCCGCACCCUCUCCAGAAAGCAAAAGCUGGAUCUCAGAAGAUGAUUUCUAUCGGCCUUCCCCUGAGAGAGUCCCAGAUAGUGCUUCAGAAUUCUCUGGGAGAGGGACCCCAGAGACAAGAUCUUCUGACAUCCACAGUCUUGCUUCUGAAGAGCCAGUGAAGAACCACAUUAUGGGCCCCUCAGAUCAAGCUUGUAUGCCUUCCUUGGAAGUCCGGCCAACCAAGCCAAUCUCUGAUCCAGAGUACAAACACUUCUGGGUGGUCCAUCGAAGACAGAUAGGGCUCUACAACCCAUUCAGGGGCCUCAUAAAGCUGGGCACUCUGGAACGACGUGGGGCCAUGGGCAUCUGGAAGGAGUUUUUCUGUGAGCUGGCCCCACUCGAGUUCCGCCUGUAUUUGAAUGAUGAGGACCGUGAGUGUGUAGAGAACUGCUCCCUUCUUCGAUGUGAGUCUGUGGGGCCAGCCCAGAGUGAUGGGCGCUUUGAGGUGGUGUUCUCCAACAAGAAGCUGACCCUGCGUGCUCCCUGCCAGGAUGAGGCUGAGGAUUGGUUGGACCGGCUGCAUGAAGCACUGCAGAAAUGCCGGCCUCAGCAAGAGCAAGAAUGGGAAACCCUCCAGCCCCCAGACCCACAGGAAGAGCUGGAGCAUCCCCAGGGCAGCUCCUUUAGCCAAUGUAUCCCAGCCUUCCAGGAGGAAGCAUCUUUAGGUGGCCAUUUUGAUUGGCCAUUUCCAUUGAUGCCUGAACUAGAUGCUAUUAAAGAAUCCAUUCUUUAUAUGCAUACAGAGAAGACCUGGACUCCCUUAAUUUUUUCCUUGUCUUUAGAAUCUCUAAAAUGUUUUAAAAUGAGAAACAAUGAAAAGAUAUUAAGUGAUAGCCAUGGAAUUGAGACAAUACGAGAUAUUCUCCCUGACACAAGUCUGGGAAGCCCAGCUUUCUUUAAAAUUAUCACAGCCAAAGCUACCUUGAAACUAAAGGCUCAAAAUGCAGAGGAGGCAACAGCCUGGAGAGAGCUUGUACGAAAAGUCUUAACAUCUUAUCUGGAAACAGCAGAAGAGGCAUUGACCCUUGGUGGAAGUCUAGAUGAAAAUUCCCAAGAAAUCUUGAAGUAUACAACAGGGAAAAAUGGCUUUCUGUUGCAGUACUUGGUGGCCAUCCCCACAGAGAAAGGACUGGAUUCCCAGAGCUUCUUUUGCGCAGGCUGCUCCAGACAGAUUGGAUUCUCAUUUGUGAGACCCAAGCUCUGUGCCUUCUCUGGCCUCUAUUACUGUGAUAUCUGCCACCAAGAUGACAGUUCAGUGAUUCCAGCCAGGCUCAUCCACAACUGGGACCUCACUAAACGCACCGUUUGCCGCCAGGCCCUCAAGUUCCUAAUCCAAAUCCGGAACCAGCCCCUCAUCAACCUACAGCUGGUGAAUAAGUCUCUUUAUGACCAUGUGGAGCGGAUGAACCAUAUCUGGAGAAGCCGGGAGCAGCUUAAGCUCCUUGGAGACUACCUGAUCUUGUGCCGAAGUGGGGCCCUGAAAGAACUCAGCAAACGCCUCAACCACCGAAACUAUCUCUUAGAGUCUCCUCACAAGUACAGUGUUGCUGACCUCCAGCAGAUAGCUGAUGGCAGUUUUGAGGUUUUCCUGCAGGAUCUAAUCCAAUAUGCUUCCCAGCAUGUCUAUCACUGUGACCUGUGCACCCAGCGGGGCUUCAUCUGCCAAAUCUGCCAUCAUAAUGGCAUCAUCUUCCCUUUUGAGUUUGAUACCACAACACGGUGCAGAGAGUGCAAAACUGUCUUCCAUAGUAGCUGCCAGACCCAGAUGAAGAAUGGGUGUCCCCGCUGUGCCCGCAGAAAAAAGUAUCAGGAGCAAAGUCUUUAUACCUAACAUUUUUCCAUUAGCCUUGUGUGCUUCUCUACCUCAGGCCAUCAGGGACAAGAAGACAUAGGUUUAACAUUCAAAUGCCCUUCUAUCAGGGAAGUGUGUGCAGAUUAAGGGUGGAAGAAGUAGCAUCAUCCAUUUCCCCCCUUCAACAUUGACUGAUGGGCUUCUCCAGGUGACUGCAGCAGUAGCCCCACCUGUCCAGCCCCUGGGACGUGAGCACCCUGAAAAAGCAAGAGAAGAGCAUUGGUCGUUUCAGAUAUAGGUCUUGAGAAGCUUGUGCUGCCAUGGAAUACCCCUAAAGACUCUGUUGCCUCUAUUUGCACUAAUCAGGUUCUGGCCUUUCCAGAUCUCCCUUUUCAGGGAUCUACACUUCACCUCACUUCACCUUACCUAAGUCAGCCAUUGGCACCCACUGUGGAAAUGAGAUUUAUGGACAUUCUGAAUUCUGCAUUACUGAUUAAAAGUUCUAGUUUUCUAAGGUAUAAUUGUUCUUUUCCUCCCUUUGAGUGGAAAAAAUAUUUUUUAUAUUUGAACUCUGCCCAAGCCACCUAAGAGAUCCAGUCCCACUCAUGAUGGAGUGGAAACACAGUGGCUGCUUGAAACGACAAAGAAGAUGGGGACGUAGCCCUGGGGGGCCCCGCUGAACUCCUAGAGCAACAUUGUGCCAAAAAGCCCCGAGUGCCUGGUGGUAGAAUCAGGGCCCAGGGAGAUGCUCAUCUUUUUCCUUUUUCCUCUCUCUCCUCAACUGAGAGUCCUGGCCCCCUUCUCUUGGGAGAGGAGCUUUGGUCUGUCUCAUCUGCCUCUCAGCUGGAGCCUAGUCCCAACUGGAGACCACCACAAACUGACUCAGAACCAGCACUAAAAGCACUUUCCACCUUCCACUGACCAGUGUCCUACUUCUCUUCCCCCACGGCCUCAAGCCGGGAGAGGCAGAGCUGGCGCAACCAGUCAGAGAGGUCUGGAGGAGCUUCCCAGGCUCCUUAACCUGCCUGUGACGGAGGGUGGCCCUUCCUCUGUUGGACAGCCAUGAUUGGCCACAGAGGCUCCUGCUGCUCUCCCACGCCCUUAGGUGCAACAGUGGCUUCUCCACCUGGCCCUAAAUCUGCAACGGCUCUGCUGGCAAGCAUCUGUGCCCAGCUGCCCCAUCGAAGGCUGAGCUGGGGGAAGAAUUUAUGGGCCAGCCCUGACUGCCCAGACAGAGCUCGCAACAAGUCUUGGGUUUAAAGGGAAAUUGAAUCUCAUCUUUAUAGGAAGCCAUUAUUUUACGAGACAUUUUUCAGCUCAUCCAUUAGGCAUUAUAAUAGACUAUAAACUUGUUCAUUAACAGAACUAGUAUUAGAACUGGGGGGCAGGAGUGUGCGUUUUUUCCUUCAAACAAAUGAGGUGCUUCUCCCCCAGUGGUUUCCGGUGACCCCUGUUUUCUUCCACCAGCUGGUAUGGCCCCCUGCAGAGCAGUCCCUCCUAGGGCUCCUUCCUUGGCCUGGAUGUCUGCAGGUAGGGCACAACAUGGCGUCUGAGGCAUAAGGUGGCUGUUACUGCUAGCACUGUCAGGGAUCUUCUCUUUGCCUCCCCUGCCCCCACCCAGAAGGUAGCUGCUGGGGCUGACUAAGCUACUGAGUCACUUGCCUAAGCCAGCAGAGCCGUCUGCAUUGUGCAAGAGAUGGAGGCAGAGUGGGUGUAGAGAGGCUUCUUCCAGGACUGCUCCCUGUUGCCACCUGCAGAUAGCCUAGUACCCAGGCUCUCUACAGCCUUUGGGAUGGUAACUGUGUCACCCAAAGCCAGAACCACCCAGAUGAUGACCACAAUUCAUUUAAAGCCUUAAUUGCCCCAGUUUUCCCAGUUGAUUGGCCCUGUAUCUGUUUUUGUGGGGUGGAGGGGAGAAUAUGCGUGUGCUUGUACUGCUUAAUUUUCUCUGAGAUCCGUAUUUAGUGGGUCUUCCUUACCCUAUCCAGACAUGAACCAGUCCCCUCAUCACUGCCAUCUCCGGAUUUCUUUGCAUUUGUUUUUAACCCCUUCCAAAUGAGCCCCCAAAUUUUACAAGUGUUGAUUUAUUUCCUGUCUGGCUCAAACUGAAACCUAAAUGGAUUCUAAAUAGUGCCCAUGUGGGUUUUGUGUUUUUAAUUUUGUUUUAUACAAUAAACCAUUUCUUGUGAAUGGGCCUUUCUCCCUGA